AUGUUUGCGGCCUGCAGAAUCCCAGAGGUCACCAUGGACCACCCGUUGUUCAUCAACGCCAUAUUGCUCGUCAACCGCGCCGGCAACGGCUACGUCCCCCCCAGGAGGACUUUCAUUGGCGGGGCUGGACUGGUCGCUGUCUGCAAAGGGAUUGAGCAGGGGCUGAUGGGGAUUAAAUCGAGCUGGAAGAAGACGGGGGUAACAAUUGCGUCCGACAUGAUGACGGACAAAUGUGGGAGGGCGCAAGCGAACGUGCUUCUGAUCAACGACUCCGGCACCGUUUUCAGGGAGGCGAUCGACUGCAGUAUGGAGCAGAAGACGAGGGGAUACAUAGCGGGGAUUCUGCAGCCGGUGGUGGAGGAGGUAGGACCAGAAAAUGUCGUCGCGUUUUGUAUGGAUGGGGGGUCGAACUAUGCCGUGGCUGUCCAGGAGCUGAUUGCCAAGUGGCCCCACAUUCAGCAGGUCCCUUGUGCCACGCAUGUGAUGGAUCUCCUCCCGGAGGACGUGGGAAAGAUGGGGUGGGCAAAAGGGGUGGUGGAUCGGACUGGGGAGAUGAGUUCGUUCGUUCGCAACCAUCAUUGGACGCGCGCUUACCUGAGGACCAAGGAGUUGGUGGAGGGGAAGGUGCUGCAGCCGCUGAAGCCAGCGGGAACACGGUGGAAGGAGUGGGCCUCGGGGUCGCGGAAGGAAACUGCCGAGGCCUUUGCUGCACGGGUCCUCGAUGACGCAUGGUGGCGGACGGCAGAAUUCUUCUGCAAGCUGAUGCAACUGCCCUACAAGGCGAUGCGGCAGACUGACGCAGAUGCCAAUGGGAUGAUGGGCCGGCUCUACGAUGUAAUGCUGCAGCUUACCGAGGAUGUCAACAACAUCCUGGACGAGGAUGAGCAGCAGCUGAGUAGCGCGGACAAGGAAAAGAUCCGCAGCAUCAUCAAGGACCGCUAG